AAAAUAUUCUUCUUGUGAAGACCAUCCAUUGUCACUGAUUUAUCUCGAAGAGGGAGCUUAUCUUAAUCAUGAACUAAGCGUAACAGUAAAUCCACGAGCUUAGGAGAAAAGGCAUAAGAUGAGGCCAUCCUUCUUCUCGGAUGAACGUAUCCAGCUCAUCCUUCUUUCUCGUGAGCCUCGCAGUUCUCUUAAAUGCAAACCACCACCUCCCGAUCUCCCUUGCUUCCUAUCCACCAAACCAAUUGAGCUGCGACACUAGUUGUAGUACUGAAGAAGAGAAGGAAAGGAUGGGGAGUAAUGGUGGACAUGGAGAGUCCUUUUUCAGGCUGCUGAGCGUCGGUGGCGGCGGCGGUGAGGGAUGGCACUCCUACCGCCACUCCAGCUCCACAGAGGGUGGUUCAAGGAGGUGGGGGAGGAAGAGCCCGAGGGACAGGGAGGAGGCCACGGGGUGGUGGGGGGAGAGCGGCGGUGGUGGUAUGGUGUCCAAGAAGAGGGUGAUGGUGGUGAUAGACAGCAGCGCAAGGGCCAAGCAUGCCAUGAUGUGGGCCUUGACCCAUGUGGCCAACAAGGGGGACCUCCUCACCCUUCUCUAUGUUGUCCCUCCUGACCACCACCAAGUCAGGGGUGGAGGAGAGGAUGAUGCUGCCAACCUUGCCAAUUCUCUGGCCACCCUGUGCAAAGCCUGCAAGCCUGAGGUGGAGGUGGAAGCAUUAAUCAUUCAGGGAGCUAAGCUGGCAACUGUGCUAAGCCAAGUGAAGAAACUGGAGGCUUCUGUUCUGGUGUUGAGCCAAUGCAAGCCUUCCCCAUUCUGCUGCAUGUUGAGGAGCAGCAGUGAGGAAUUCGUGGAGCAGUGCAUCAGCAAAGCCGAUUGCUUGACGCUGGCGGUGAGGAAGCAAAGCAGAGGAGUGGGUGGGUACUUGAUCAGCACAAGGUGGCAGAAGAACUUCUGGCUCUUGGCCUAAGCCUAUAUUAACCUCAUCUCUCAUCCCCAUCCCUCUCUGUGGUUGCUGUAAUCAUCUCCAACUGCUGUAGAGCAAAGCCCUGACCUUAAUCCCCCCUUCAGAACGUGUUACUGUUGAGCUUGAUGUAAUGCUUGAUGGAUCCUUUAACUUGACAUGACACUGACAUAGUUCAUGUUUUCAUGGAAUUGUUUGAUCUUACGAGAUUUCUACAGGAUAGGAUGGAUGAACUUUUGACAUUUACCCUUUCUUUUACUUCAGAUAUUAUAAGAUUGGGGUAGAAUUAGACGUACAUUAAUGCUUCCUAAUACUUUUGAGAGCCCAUCAUUGGGUGGAUCAAUAUAUUUCAGAUCCAACUCGAUACAUGAAUUAGCAGUCUGACACAAGCAAAUCCUGCAUUUCCAUGUUGCAGAUCUAAUGCAGCGAAGAACUUGUCUUCUUUGCUGCCGCCACGUACCGAAUCCAAGUGAUAUCCAGUUGGUCGUUUUUGUAUGUCCAUAUGCGACGUACCGAAUCCAAUGUGAUAGUUCAUUCUCGAAAGCUGAUUGUGGCGACCUGAUCUUUCCGUAAUCUUCUCCACAACGAAAUCACGGAGACGAUAAGAUUGCAUGGUGAGACGUGUCAAUUUUAAUGCUAAGUCUUAAGAUCCACACUAUUAAUCAUGAGAAACAUCGACUCUUUUUGCAGAGUCGUUCUCCUCUGCAGUCAAAAACAAAAAGACAACACGGCGUGAAUCUCAUCUUCGAUGCGUACUCUCUGCUACGAAGGACAAGAAUGAACCAUUCAUCAAGAUCGCUAAGCUUCCGAAAUCCAAAGCCGAUACC